AUGGUAUCAAAAAGGAAAGUGGCAGUAGCGUGCGUGCACUGUGCCAAGUCCCAUGUGACGUGCAACGAGGGGAGGCCGUGUAGCCGGUGUGUUAAGAAAGGGCUUCAGGAUAGCUGUGUCGAUGCACCAAGAAAACGAGUGAAGUAUCUCCAAGAUGUGCCUGAAGAUCAACUUCCAAGUGUGCUGAGGUCGAGUAAAUCGCAGGCUGUUUCCGUGGAAAAGAAAGCCAAGGUGGAACCAGCGAUGGGUAUGGAGUCAUUUGGCAACGGUCAAAAUAAUCCUGAGACGCAGCAUACGCUCAGUAACGGUCAGAUAGCGCAUAAACCGAGGUUUUUGUCGAAUGCAGCAGAUUCGGAGUAUUCGAUCCUUUCGGAUAUCAUCCAUGGCGACUCACUAUUCAACAAGAUCCCGGUGAACUUUCUGUACUCUAAUCCAUUGGAACAAACGCCCAGUCCGCUAAACCACAGGGACCCACAGAGCACAGAUGCGGAAAAUGAGUUGCAGUUGUCGUUUCGGUUGCGAGCGAAACAGAUGAACCAGAUUAGAGGGGACGUGAAGGCGAUAUACUCGACGUUAUUUGGGCCAGAGUCUAGCUGGCUUCUGAAUACGGACCCCAUGUCGAUACACUCGCGACUAUAUACGAUGCACUUCCCAUUGGAACCUCAAAAGAGCAUGGACGGAACCCUUGACUUUAAGAGAGCAGCAAUUGGAGCGUUGACGUCACACGUCACUAAGUUCGACAAGACCAUAAAUCAGUACUACUUGAACUUUCACAACACAUUCCCGGAGGUGCAUGAUUCCCGACAGGUACCGAACCUUUCGUAUGCUCUCGAGGUAGAGCCUCCCGAGAUGAGAGACAUCCCACAUGACAUAGAUGUGCCGCACACGCUACGAUUUACGACCCCUUCUGAAAUAUACUCCUUGGUGCAGACGGCUUUCCCGAGCACCACGGGGUUCCAUGCGUUGUUGCGGUACUUGAAACGGAGGUUCGGCAAGACGGAGCUCGUGGAGAUGUGCCGGUAUCUUGCUGAACUCCGGCCAAUUUUUAUUGCUAGCACGAUCGACUUGACUGAUGAGGACAUGAUAUUUAUGGAAAAAACACACCAACGGACGCUUUUAGAGUAUGACAAGUUCAUUUCCCAGUUAGGGACGCCGACUUGUGUGUGGAGGCGUAACGGACAAAUCAGCUACGUGAACGACGAGUUCUCGUUGCUCACAGGCUGGAACCGGCUCGAGCUGCUCAACAAGAUGACGUUCAUGGUAGAGUUGAUGGACGACGAUACAGUGAUGGAAUACUUCAAGACCUUCACACGUGUGGCCUACCAGGACUUUAAAGGUGCGGAAACAAUGCGGGUGUGCAACUUGUUGACCCCGAUCAAGGGCACAGUGAUAAAAUGUCGCUGUCUCUGGACCCUAAAGAGAGACGCGUUCGGCUUGCCUAUGAUGAUAAUAGGCAACUUCAUGCCCAUUCUAAGCACUCCAGAGGACGGAAACGGGUAUUAA